GCCGGAGGUGGGGCGGGAUACACCGCCUUAUGCUGGGCUGGGGCGGACGGGCCCCGCUCUCCGCCGGCAACGAGAUGGAGGCAGCCCCCCUGGAAACUGUCCGGUUCUGGGCUCCUCAGUGUGAGGGUGACACGGACCUCCUGCAGAAGAUCCAGUGGAAGGCUAUGAAGAUGAUUAUAGAACUGGAGCAUCCCUCUUACGAGCAAAGGCUGAGAAAGCUGGGCCUACUGAGCUUCGAAAACAGACGAGUGAAAGAGAACCUCAUCCCUGUCUCUAAGUAUGUGAAGGGAGAGUGUGACGAGGAUGGACCAGGCUCUUCUCGGCGGUGCCAAGCAAUAGGACAAAUGGCAAUGGGUAGAAACUGGAUGCACUGCAAGUUCAAUCUGAGUAAGAACUUUUUUUGAGCUGGUGACCAAGCUCUGGAACAGGUUGACCACAGAGAGUGUGGAGUCUUCCUCACUGGAAUUAUUCAAGAACCGUCUGGGCACAUUCCUGUGCCGUGUGCUCUGGGAUGACCCUGCUUGAGCAGGGGGGUUGGACCAGAUGACCCACUGUGGUCCCUCCCAGCCUGACCCACUCUGUGAUUACACGAUUCUGUGAAAAUAUUUCGCUUUAAAAUCCCUCCCGAGAGCACCAACCCAUCGCCUUUCCCCCAAUAUUUCUACAGCGACCUGGUGGCCGCAGCGCAACGUCUUUAAGGGGCCCGUUUAUACACAGAAAAUACUGAGUGUCCCACUCUUCCCCCUCCCCCUGAUAAUUUUGAGGGAAAAUUAGCAUCUGUAAACUCCUGAAACGCGAGGAGCCUCGCAAGUUCCGCCCUCUCCCGCCUCGGGAGCCGACCUCCUUCCCCCGGUCCUGCCUCUGGAGCCUCCUGCCUCUGUCCUGCCCUAGAGAGCUAUAGAUGAAGACAGAAAAACAAACUACAAAGCUGCUGUCAAGAUCCAGCGCUGGUUUCGAGCAUGUGUUGUCCGAGCCUAUCUGAGACAUCUGAGCAAAAUGGCGACUUUGAUACAGAAGUGGUGGAGAGGUUAUCUAAGAAGAAAAUACUUCAGAGAAGCAGUGGAGAGAGCAUAUUUUAUUAAGAAGAAGAAAUUCUACAAUGAAAUGGCUGUCAGGAUCCAGAAAAUGUGGCGAGGCUAUUACGUUCGGAAGUAUAUCCAUAAUUUUUAUGCACGGAAGAACUACCUGGAAGCUGUUUGUGUGAAUAACGAGCUUGUCAGGCACGAACUUCAAGAGUAUGCAGAAAUGAAGGAAGAUGAAGAGAAAAUGAAAGACCUGGAAAAGAAAGAAAAGGAAAAGAAAUACCAAGCCCGAAAGAUGCAUUACCUCCUUAGCACUGAGCAGAUUCCAGGCAUCUACAAUUCACCAUUCAGGAAAUCCCCAGAACCGAUGGAACUGCUGCUACGGCAGUCAAAGCCACUGACCCACAGAAAGCAGCAAGUGAAGAGUCCCUUUGCUGAUGAGCUCUAUGGCUGGCCAACCUGUAAAGAGCCUCCAACUUUUGUCACAUCAUUGCCUCUGCUACCUGCUGACAGACAGAAACCUCAGGGGCCAUUCCGUGAUCCCGCUGAAGUGUUGCAGCAGCGCUACAAGCCUGUGGAACCAACCCUACGAGUGAGAGAAUCAAUGUUUUCGUCUCCAGCCAAGGCCAGAGAGCCAACACGAAGGGAGGAAUGGAGAAAUCCCAUCCAUGACAAUGAAUUUCUGCCAUUUUCUUCAUAUCAUAAAAAUUAUGAGAAGUAUGAGCCAUCACUUUUUAAGUCAGGCAAAUAUGGCCAAGAAGCUUAUGGAACUAAAUAUUUCAGAGAAGUAUAUCCUAAGAAGUGGAUAGCAGACAAGGACUUUGAAACCCUGUUUUCAUCAAUUGCUCUCUUCGAAAAGUUUGGAAAAACUUACUCCAGCACUGGCCAAAUAGUGUAAUUGUUCUGGAGACUAAAAACCAUGAGACACAUGAAAAGUAGUCAAUAAAUGUAUUUCAGCAAAUACAUUUAGCAAAUACAUUUAGCAGCAUGUUAACUAAAUGUCCCAUAAAAUACUCUUUUUGUGAUGUGUACUGUGUCUGAAGUAAUUUUAAUUGAUUUUGCUUGAAAUUUAGGCAAUGUGGCUUCCAAGAUUUAUCAAAAAUGAUUUUUUUUAAAAAAGUAUUAUCUUAAAGAAAUAAAUUCUAAAAAAGCUGUAUUUUAUUUAAUAUAAACAAUUUAAAGUACAAAAUCAGCGUCAUCAAGUAAAAUACUGAGCAUCACAUUUAUUCAUUACACAUUUGUAAGUGGGGUCAACACUAAAAAAGGAAAAAAGUGUAAAAUUUAUGUCUCUUUUUUUUCCCUCACAACUUUAAAUGUAUCUGGUUCAUCACUGUUCUUCAUCAUCUUCAGUGUUAGGUAUCCUUGACUGAUGCGUGACUUCAGAAGUGCAGGAUAGGCAUUAAAUGGAAGAGAACAUAUUUUAAAUCCUGUUAGAAUUUCUGUGGGUGAAAGAACUUCAGUUUUGAAAAAAAUAAAGUUCUGAUUACAUAUAUACCUUAUUACUAGGUCAGUUUUUCUAUUUCCAUUUAAUUUUCUUUAUCAGUACCUGUGCAUUAACUCCUUGUCCCGUAUACUGUGAGUACAAAAUCGUGUGAUGCUUGGUCAGAACACAUUUGAUGACAUGAAACUUAUGCUUGUUUCCUCUCUUCAUUAGCAAACAGUCAUGCAAAAUAUUGAGUAUCCUCAGAGCCCAUCCAGUUCAAAAGGCUCAAAGAAGUCAGUGGCUUAGGGGCCCCUGGUAACUCCCCAGGGGUCCCCCAAAUGAACAGCAACAUUCAGCAUCAUGGGAAGAUCUCAGCAUAUCUGAAGAUCAAAUUACAAGCUGAUUCUUAAAAUCAUGUGAGUGGAUUUUUUACAGGGAUUUUAGUCUGAAUUUGCUAUGAUACCAUAUUUGCUUUUCAUAUCAUUUGACUAUGUUUGAAUCAAAUAUUGAUUAUCUGUUACUCAAUGGUAGGCUUUUUAGUACUAUUUUUUAAAAUGUGGUUCUUAUGGCCGCUAUAAAUGUGAAGAAAACUUCAAUGUCUGUUUGUAUGAAAACUUUCUGAACCUGGUCUAGUGGAAGGUGUGCCUGCUCACGGCAUGGGCGUAGGAUCUGGAUGAUCUUUAAGGUCCCUUGCAACCCCAGCUAUUCUCUGAUUCUAUAAACUAGGAGUCACACAUUUCCUUUCUAUAGGUUUUCACCUGUCAGGCUAUGUGAAAAAGUUUUACUGCUACCACACCCCAGAGUAAAAGCCCUUCCAAUUCCAUUCCAGCAGGUUGCAAGAGCAGGCACUGUGCUGUACUGGUAUUACUUUUUGGAGUUUGUUAUUCUCAAGCUUUAAAAGUUUUAUUUCUGUAAUGAGAAAUUAGGUCUGGGAAGUGGGAAGCAGCAACCCCAGUGGCUGAGUUUCCCAGAUAAGAUUUAAUCUGAUCCAAUGUAUCAGAGUGCUUUAGUUGUUCCUGGAAGGGAUUGAACAUGAGACACUUGUGCAAAACUGUUGAUGAAUAAAGAUGGCAGAGUAAUUUUUAUAUGUGAGAGCUAUCUAUUUGAUUGCUUCAGCUUUAAGGUAGUUCAUCACAGUAAUUCACCCUGCGUUGCUUCUUUAACUUCAUACCACAGUUUCCCAUCAGUCCGAUUAGAAAUGGCAAUGCCUUUAUCAGAUUAAUCUUUCUUUUUCUUUCUUCCUUUCAGUAUCUCUGCUCCCAGGACAAAGCACAGCCUCCCAUGCAGUCUGUAUUGCAGGGUGGUAGUGGUCAUGGCUAAGGGGCUGGAGCACAGAGGGAGGUUAAUCCCAACACUUCCCAUGGGAAUUGUUUGAUACAUACAUACCUUUCCUCCUCUUGCCAAAAAAAAACCCCAAAACUUUUCUGUUUCUAAGCAGAUAACCAGAAAUGUUCUUACACAAAACCAGAUCUCUUUACUUUAUUAGACAACUAAACAUCCACGAAGUGAGGUUUGGAUUUUGGGCAUCUUUUUCAAAUUUCAUUUCACAAGGAAUCCAAUAUUCUUUAUCUGGAGUUCAAACAGAAUUUAUGUCAUUCAUGGGCAUAUAGCAUCCAGACUAUUUUGUGUAGGCACAGUAUAAUCCCAGAGUCCUUUUAUUUCUCAUUAAGUACAUCAAGCACUUCUUUACAUUUACACAAACUAUUUGAUAAUUUUUCUAGAGGGACCAUUUUUUUCUGCUGUCUUGCGUAAAUCAAAAUGUUUGCAUAUGGAAAACUUACAGUUUCAACUAAAGCCCAUUAAAGCUGAAAU